ACCCUUGCACACCACCGGAGGAAACUUAAGCAAGAGUCACUCCCCUUCACUACAGCUCUGCACUGCCGGACAGCAGCGCUGCAGCCCAGCGUGCUCCCGCUUCCAGAGGCGCCAGGACCGGCCCCAGCCCACACGAACUCCCUGCCUCUGUGACACCACCAAGGAAGGACCCAAGAUGUUGGUGCUACUGGCUGGUAUCUUCGUGGUCCACAUUGCCACUGUCAUCAUGCUCUUCGUCUCCACCAUUGCCAAUGUCUGGAUGGUGGGUUAUUCUGACACAGUAAAAGCCUCUUCAGGACUGUGGCUACUGUGUAACAGGAGCUGCAGGCAACUGGUGGUGUCCUCCAGUGAUGAUGCAUCCCUCAAGGCAGUACAAGCUUUUAUGAUCCUCUCAAUCAUCUUCUCUGUCAUCGCACUUGUCAUAUUCGUUGUCCAGCUGUUCACCCUAGAGAAAGGCAAACGAUUCUACAUCACUGGAGCCGUCAUGCUGGUUUGCUGGCUGUGCAUUCUGAUUGGAGCCUCCAUUUACACAGCUCGGUUCGCAAAGAUGAGUGGGUUCCAAGAAGUUCACCACGGCUACUGCUUCAUAUUGGCCUGGAUCUGCUUUUGCUUCAGUUUCAUCAUUAGCAUACUCUACCUUGUUCUUAGGAAAAAAUAAGGCUGAUGGGAGUGCAGGGGAGAGGGUUGGCUACAGGGGACAGGGAAUAAUUGCUCUGCUGAGAGAGUUGCUGGGCCUAUCGAAAAACCGGAAACAGCCACCAUCACAACCACUGCCACCACCACAGAAAAAUAACUAACAGACCAAAAAUCCGCUCAGAAACAUAUUCACCAACCUGAGGGAGAAGCAGCUGUGAUUGAUCACUUAUUCCUGGGGCUGUUGGGCCAGAAAUCUGCAAGUGACCCAGACAGCUGUUCUGCUUUUCUGCAAACAUCGUACCUUUACAAACUGUCAAGCUCAGCAAUGAUGACUGAAGGGUACCACGAAAAUGAGGGCUCCAUGUUUUUCCCUUCUUAGUGCCCUUCCCACUUAUCUCUUGGUGUGCCUUGUGGGUUGGGCAGCAAGGCUUACAACCCUUUUCUUGUCCAUUGAAAAAAAUGGGAUGGGC